AUGUGGUUUUCUAAUGCAACAACUCCAUUUUCUGUAAUCUCUGAAAGCAAACACAUAAUAUUGCUUAAAAAUGUAAUAACAUUCUGCGAAAAUGACAAAAUAAGUAUUACUAUUCACGACUUUGAUGUUUACAAUCAUUCAACGGCAAAAAGUUGUUCUUUUAUUUACUUUAUAAUACCUUAUAAAAUUUUAUUUAUGCCAGUUGUCAGCCUGUCUACCAUGCGUAAUAUCGUGCUAACCCGGUUUCGUUCUGCCGGAGGGAUGGAAACGACGCCAACAGCUAGCAUUAGUUUUACAGGACCAGAUCAUUCUAAAAACGAAGAUGAUGUGAUAUACUCAAUGGCCAACUGUUCUUUCAUGUGUUGGUCAGAAAGAAGCUCUGAUUCUAAAACUAACCACAAGAAAAUCUUUACUGAAGUGAUAAUAAACCCAAGUGAUACAGAACAAAAUAAUGCUAGCUCACUUACGGAGGAGCUAAUAGGGUGCUGUCAUGGUCAAAAAGUCAUGCUGCGUAGUAAAAGCACAACAAUUCACAUCUCAACCCACAGAUUAUCAAAUCACUAUAUUAAUGGCAAUGCAUUUAAGCACUUGGAAAUUGGAUGGCAACUUAAAGAAGCCGGUUUUAAUAAUUUAAUACGCUUGUAUAGUCAACUUUUGCAAAAAAACAAAAAAAACCAUGAUUUGAGACUUUGGGGAGUUAUUGAAGCUUCCCCUAAUAGUGUAAAAUCUGUCUCUCUUUUGUCAUUUUUUAAAAAAGGAAACAUUGUAUUUUUUGUCGCAGCAUGA